AAAAUUCAGAUUAGUGUUACGAUUUACAAAAUUGUAUGCCAGUUAUUAUUUUGUUUAAAAUAGAAUUUUAAUAAUUUGUAAUACCGGUUUGAAUAAAUUGGCUUCUAACAUGUGUCACGAACAUUAGUUCCGGGUUGUUUUAGCCCGAUUGCUUUUGGCGUUACACCGCCAUGUCUGUGACCGCUGAAUUAAAAUAAGCAGUUAUGCCUUUAAAUUGAACCCAUCUGAUGCCUCACUGACAGUGCAGGGCUGGGGUUGUUAUUUUUACAAUGGCUCGGGUUGUUAAAGUGUUUCGGACUUUGAGAAAUCACUGGAAGAAAUCCACGUUUGCUGUGUGCGUCUUGUCCUAUGGGGGGUACUGGCUGUAUGGUAAACACUGUGACAGCAUGGUGCGCAGAGAGGCCUGUCUUAUAGCCAGGGAGUUUGGACGCCAGCAGAUAGCGCCUCAGGAGCGACUACAGAAAGCAACUGUUAUUCUGAACCCUGCAGCUUGUAAAGGGAAAGCCAACAACUUAUUUGAGAAGAAUGCCGCUCCAAUUCUACAUCUGGCCGGUGUGGAAAUUACUAUAGUAAAGACAGACUAUGAGGGUCAGGCUAAAAAACUGAUGGAGUUUAUGGAACAGACAGACAUGCUGAUUGUGGCUGGAGGAGACGGCACGUUGCAGGAGGUCAUCACGGGUUUACUGCGCAGGCCGGACCAGGACGUCUUCAGCAGUACACCAAUUGGAUUCAUUCCUUUGGGUUCCCAUAAUUCUCUGAGUCAAUCUCUUCAUUUCCUCAGUGACAAUAAAGUCAAAGACAUUACAGCAGCGACGCUGUCCAUUCUGAAAGGGGAGACGGUACCUGUGGAUGUGCUUCAAAUCCAAGGAGAGAAGGAGCAGCCGGUCUUUGCUCUGAUUGGACUACGUUGGGGGGCUUUUAGAGAUGUGGCUGCAAAGAUCAGCAAAUAUUGGUACCUUGGACCACUGAAGACAAACGCAGCUCAUUGGUUUCACACCCUGAGGGAGUGGCCUCUGGUCCAGGACGUCUCGGUUUCUUUCUUGGCUCCCACACUUCGGCCCCCGGAUCUGGCACCUCAGAAGCCCCCCAGGCCUAACCUACUGUACCGCAUCAUCCGCAGACUUAAGAACUACUGGAACCCUCCAAUUGAAGAGCCUCCAAAAUCAGAGGAGCCAGAGAAGUGGGAGGAGCAACAGCUGUCUACAUCAGAGCUUUAUAUUCAGACCCACAACAAAAAUCCAGUAGAGAGGCGGAUGAAUGACUCCUUGAUGGUCUGUGCUGAGCCAGAGAACCUCACCGUGGGCGAGUUCAUCUCCAUGGGGAAUAAAAAGGUGAAGGAUCCAACGCUUUUCACUGAGAACUCUACAAAACUGGAAGCCAGUGCUUGCCAGCUUAAGCUGCCAGAGGGCAACGCCGGCUUCUAUAAUAUUGACAAUGAGGAGUAUGAAGCGAUGCCCGUAGAGAUACGGCUGUUGCCACGGAAACUACGCUUCUUCAUCAGUGCGGAGCGCAGAGAGCAGCUCGCCUCACAGCCGCAGUGAUACAAAGCGUCAAGAAGGAAGACGUGGGAAAAACAAGGAGCCAUUUUCAGGAUGGAUUUUCUAUUCGUCUGAAUCGUUAAAUGACUUCAACAAGCUGGAGAUUAUUAAACGUUAAUCAGGCUUUUUUUAUUCUUUAGAUCUGUUUUAACCUGCUUACAUGUUACAUAAAAAUAUGUUGAUGCUAAAAGGACCACAAUUUUUCUGUGUGAAACUAAAUAUAUUGCUUAUAAUUUACAGAAAUUUACUGAUAGGUUUACAGUAGUCGUCUAGACUGAAGGUUGAUCAAUAGAAUUCUCCUCUGUCCAAUUCUAUGCAUGUACGGAUGAAUGGUUUCAGCUAUUAUCUGAUUAAAUAAAAAAAGUGCAGGAAAGCAGUUAAGUUAAA